UUGAAAAGUUGAACAAAUUGAUUCAAAUGUGCAAUUGUGUGUUGAAGAUCCAGUCACCAGAUUCGGAGGGGGUGAAUCCUGUGCAGAAAAGCAAGGCACGUAACUUCUACCAAACGGCAAAGGAUCCAGGUGUAGUGAUGUUCAGCUGCUUUUUGCACGACAGCCUGACCCACCUCAGCAACCUGUCUGCAUCCAUGCAACGGCCAUCUAUAACAGUGGCAGAGGUUCAGAGCAGCCUGAUCGCCACACAGGCUGUCUUAACUAAACACAAGAACAGACCCGGACCCAGGCUUAGGUCAUUCUUAGAAGAUCCAGCCACAUUUGAGGGUGUUACCUUGGCAGUACCCAGAGAGGACCUCUCCCUGGCUGGUGUGAACUCCAAAAAAGACAAGCUGAUAGACACAUUUUGCAGCAGUAUGGCGACACGAUUUUGUGACUUCAGCUCUGGAGUACUACAUGCUUCCAAACUGGUGGAUAUCACAAGCUGGCCGAAAGCAGACACACGUGAAGAUUUUGGAGAUGCAGAUGUGGAUUGUCUUAUGAAGCACUUUGGUCCACAAUUGGCUUCCUCUGGGGCCGAUUUGGAUCUGAUUCCAGACCAGUGGACGUUCCUCAAGAGCAGUUUGUACCAGCAGCAUGAGAACAUGGAGCAGAUGACCUGGCCAGAGAUAAACCAGAGACUGGGAGGCCAGUGCCCUGAUUUCCUUCAGCUUGUUGACAUAGUACUCUGUAUUCCAUCAUCCACAGCAGACUGUGAGCGGGGUUUCAAUUUGAUUAAACAAGUGAAGAGUGACUGGAGGUCAGGUUUAAGGUCAGACACACUAUCUGACCUGCUCACAGUGCAGCUAACCAGCCCUAACAUUGAAGACUUUGAUCCAGACUCAGCCAUCCAGCUGUGGCAUCAGGCCAGCGUCAGGAGGCCAGACUUCAUGGAAAGAGGAGCCAAGAAGAGGAAGACCCAACUUGAAGAUGACAGUGAAACGUCUGAGGAGGAGGAUGACUCUGAACAAGACUAAAGUGACACUUUAUUAUUUUACUGAGAGAUGAGUUAUGAAUUAAUUGAUAUCUGAACACGAUCUGUUUGCACUUAAAAUAAAUAAAUGUAAAUUUAAAGAAAUGUAACAUGUCAAAAGAUGGAAACUAUUUCACACUACAGAUGUUUUUUAAAGUUUUUUUUGUUUUGUACAUUAAACAUGUAGACCUUUAACUGUCUGAUCAAAUGUUUUAUCUAGUUUACUUCUAUUUUGAUUAGAGACAGUCUUUUGUUUUAGAUAGUCGGUCACACAAGAGGCAGUCUGUUUUGUUCACCAUUAAGGCAAGGUACGUUUACUUAUAUAGUACAUUUCCAUUUGCCAAUCUCCAAUUUUAAUAAUGAAAAAGAAUGUAGGCCUAUUAGAGCAAUUCAAAAUAUGCUAGUGCAUUUUCUUUUAUAAAUUUGAUUUCUGGAAAAAGGUGGCAGGUAAAAAAUAAAAGUGGCUGGUAAAAUUUGGCAUCCACCUGCCACUGUGGCAGGUGGGCAAAAAAGUUAAUUUCCCACCCUGGGCACAGCCAACAUCUCAUGAAGGAGCUGAACAUUUUGAUACCAAAAUUGUAGGAAUCGGUGAAAGUUUGCAGGACUAAUAAAGUCCAAAAAACGGCGGAAGAACUCGGCGGAAGUUGAAAAACAAUUGUGAGAAUGCUGAAACAUUUUAGGGUGCAAACCAUAGGUGCAAACGGGCCUGAUAAAGUCUUGUGUGGGAAAGUUUCACCAAAGAUCCAACAAAAAAUACUGUUGUCUUACAAGAGAUAUGUUUACAUUCCUCCUUUUUUUGUCUGUACUACAACAGACUUGUUUUUGUUUAUUUCUCUUUUAAAUACUUUAAAGCAACAUGAUUGAAACAAUGCUUA